AUGCUUUCUUCUGGGUCAGAUUCCUCUCCUGAAGCCAGUCCUACAAGGACCAGUACAUCUAGAGAACAAGACAAAGGAGAGAAGCAGACUAGUCCAGAUCAUGCAGAGGGAUCAACCAUGGAUGAAAAACAAGCUAAUACUCCUAGACGCUCGACUCCAAAGAAGGAUAUGGUAACACUUUCAUCUGGUUCUGAUGCUUCCGCGGGACACAGCCCUUCAAGGGCUGGUGAAGAUAAUCACGAAGAGGAUUCACUUAGCACUGCCAAGAGAAAGGAUGCUCAGCAAACUAAGACUAAAAAAACAAAGGUUGCUGGAACAAAAGCUGGUCCAGACCAAGCAGACGGAGAUGCUGAGGAUGAUAUGCAAGAUAAACUCACAGGAAACUCUGUCUCCCAGAGGUUACCAUUAAUAUUUCCUGAUAAAGUUCAACGUUCAAAGGCAUUGAUUGAAUGUGAUGGUGACUCGAUAGAUUUGAGUGGAGAUAUUGGUGCGGUUGGGCGGAUAGUAGUUUCAAAUGGUCCUACUGGAAAUCAGGAUUUGUUGUUGGACCUGAAAGGAACAAUAUACAAAACAACUAUAGUUCCAUCGAGGACAUUUUGUGUUGUGAGUGUGGGACAGUCAGAAGCAAAGAUAGAGGCUAUAAUGAAUGACUUCAUUCAACUGGAACCGCAGUCCAAUUUAUUUGAAGCAGAGACUAUGAUGGAAGGUACCCUUGAUGGAUUCACAUUUGAUUCAGACGAGGAGGGUGACAAACUCUAUGAACCACAGGCUAAUCAAAAUGAUCAGAAAAAUGAAGAUGAAGGUCAACCUAAGGCAAAGACCAAAAGGAAAGCAGAGAAAACAGCGGGGAAGGCACCGAAAAAAGCUAAGGCAGGAAAGGGCCCUAAAAAGGGCGCAAGGAAAACCCAACCUGCCAAGAGAGGUAGGAAGGCGAAGAAAUGA